AUAAGAACAUAUGCUAUAAUCAGAAUUUCCUCGUCUUUCGAUCACAAUGGAUAUUAGGGUCAGUGCGGCUGCGAAGGACAGAGAUACAAGAUCACAUGUAGAGGAGAUUGAAAAUCUAGUUACACCAGGGGAUAUAAUUACUUCAGAUUCAGGUUUCAUGCGAGGACAUGGGACCUAUAAUUCUGAAGACGACAGAUUAUUAGCUUCCGUAGCAGGGGUUGUGGAACGGGUCAACAAACUGAUUUGUGUCAAACCCUUAAAAACAAGGUAUAAUGGAGAGAUAGGGGAUGUGGUGAUAGGAAGAAUCAUUGAGGUCCAGCAGAGAAGAUGGAAGGUGGAGACUCAUGCAAAGUUAGAUUCCUCUCUCCUCCUGUCAUCCGUCAAUCUACCUGGAGGAGAACUUAGAAGAAGAUCUGAGGAAGACGAAAAGAUGAUGAGAGAGUACCUUAAGGAGGGUGACCUAAUUAGUGCAGAGGUCCAGUCUGUGUUUGCUGAUGGCUCCCUCUCAUUGCACACAAGAAGUCUCAAAUAUGGCAAGCUUGGACAAGGGACCUUGGUCCAGGUUUCUCCGUCUCUGAUUAAGCGAAGAAAAACACAUUUCCAUCACCUGCCUUGUGGAGCCACCAUUAUUCUGGGAAACAAUGGCUAUGUGUGGAUCUGUCCGACCGAAACAGAAGAGAUGGACCAGACAGGGGGUUAUGAGCUCAAUUGGAAGCCAGUACAGAGGUCAGACAGAGAAGUGGUUGCUAGGUUACGGAAUUGUGUGCAGCUGCUUGCUGCUCAAAAAAUGCAGUUGUAUGACACCAGUGUACUUUAUACCUAUGAAGCAUCCCUUAACUUUAAGAUUAAGGAUAUUUUGAAACCAGAAAUUGGGUUAGAAAUCCUUGAACAGACACAACAUAGACUGGAAAUAGAGGGAACAUGAUAAAUGGACUUACAUUUUGCAUUGAAAGAUUUUCUUUUUGGAAUUUGAAUGGUUGGAAGACCACACUAUUACCCGGUAAUACAAAGUACAGAACUUAGAAUCUGACCAUCAAGUAGCAAGUCAAGUGAUCACACUCCCACAAAGACUGUGUUCAUGUAUAUAUAUCCUGACAAGUGUACUGUUUCCAUGUAAACAUGGACAGUAUCUUUUACAGCAAAGCUCACAAAUCUACUCAUUCUGUUAAAUCAUGUGGUUAAUGCAUGCAUAGUACAUGCACUUUGUUAUACAAGACUCCUUUAUUUUCAUUCUACAAUUUUUUCAUUACUGGUACAUGUAUGACUAAUGAACUGAAAAUAAAACCAAUGAGCUGUG